CUGGGCGCUGCGGAGGACCGGGGGCUGGUGCGGAGGUGUUGAGUUCCCUGGGGCGCCCACUCUGUUGCCAGUCUCCCUGAGCCCCUUCGCUGGGACCGCGGGGUCCCGCCUCCCACCGGUGUGGGCCGAGUGCGGCGCGUGGCGCUGGGCGGGCUCCCGCUUCUUAGCCCUGGGGCCUCGCGGGGCCCGCGAGUGCCCAUAAGGAGCACCAGGCAAUAAUGAAGGUUCUUUUACUGAAAGAUGCAAAGGAGGACGAUUGUGGCCAGGAUCCAUACAUCAGGGAAUUAGCAUUGUAUGGACUUGAAGCCACAUUGAUCCCUGUUUUAUCCUUUGAGUUUUUAUCUCUUCCAAGUUUUUCUGAGAAGCUGUCUCAUCCAGAAUGUUACGGGGGACUCAUUUUUACCAGCCCUAGAGCAGUGGAAGCAGUGGAAUUAUGUUUGAAGAAAGACAAUAAAACUGAAGUCUGGGAAAAGUCUCUGAAAGAAAAAUGGAAUGCCAAGUCAGUGUAUGUGGUUGGAAAUGCUACCGCUUCUCUAGUAAGUAAAAUUGGCCUGGAUGUAGAAGGAGAAAACUGUGGAAAUGCAGAAAAGCUGGCUGAAUAUAUUUGUUCCAGAGAGUCACCAGCAUUUCCUCUUCUCUUUCCCUGCGGAAACCUCAAAAGAGAAAUCCUGCCAAAAAUGCUGAAGGACAAAGGAAUUCAGAUGGAAAGCAUAACUGUCUAUCAGACGAUUCCACACCCAGGAAUCCAAGUGAACCUGGACAGCUACUAUUCCAAGCAGGGUGUCCCAGCCAGCAUCACGUUCUUCAGUCCCUCCGGCCUUACUUACAGUCUCAAGCAUAUUCAAGAGUUGUCUGGUGACAGCAUUGAUCAAAUUAAGUUUGCAGCUAUUGGCCCCACCACAGCCCACGCUCUGACUGCCAAGGGCCUGCCUGUGAGCUGCACAGCAGAGAGCCCCACGCCUCAAGCGCUGGCUGCUGGCAUCAGGAAGGCACUGCAGCCCCAAGGCUGCUGCUGAGUCAGCUGUGGCCCUGGCCCCAUGUGGCCUUCUCCACCUGGCUUCUUCCCCAUGGGGGAAGGCAACAUCAGAUAGCGGCUCUGGAGAAGCUGCCACCAUCAAACUCCUACCUCAUUCCUGAACGGAAGCACCUGGAUGGGAGGUGGGGUCAGCCCGGGGCCAGUGUCAGGCCUCCUUGCAUGUCAUUGCCCUCCAUGAAGUCCAGCUUGAAACCAGCCAGGUGCAUGUGGUUCCUCGACUGUGCAAGAGCUUCCUGUGCCCAGCAGGAAGGAAAUCAAAUAAAGCACACUGGCUGCAUGUGCCCACCAAGUGUGUGUCUCAACUCAACCUGUGUGGUUUUCAGUGCAAAGUUGUGUUCAGAGGGGGGAACAGAUAUGCCCACCUCCAUUGACUGACAAGCCUGGUAUUAAUGAUAAAAUUUGCUGUGUAUGAAAAAAAAAAAAAAAAAGACCUUCAAGUUCCUGCUUGUGAGCUGUGGUCAACUGGGAUUCAAAUAGAAUUUUUUUCUUUUUUCAUUCAGAAAUGUAACUACAGCACUGCUCAGUUAGACCAGCUGGCCCCCUGGCAUCUAGAGGCUGGAUUUACUUAGAAAUGUAGUGUCCCUAGAGAAUCUAUCUCCAAACUCUAUUUCCACUCUUUAAUACUGCCCUAUAUUUGAGCUGGGUUAAGGAGACCCACAUUUGUUUUCUAAUAGCCUAUAGCGGAAAAGGUCACUAUGCCCUUGGGAUUCUUGUCUCCUUGAAAGAUCAGGUUGGAAUGAUCUUAUGCUGGGCACCUACCAUGCCCCCAGGGAAGGGAAAGCUUUAUGCCUGUGACAGUCUUCAUAACAACCUUGGAGGGUGGGCAUUGCUAUCAUUCCUACUUUUCUGGUGUAAAAACAAGCUCUUCAAGAGGUGAGAAUACGUGUUCAAGGUCAUAGCUAAUAAAUGAUUAAAAAAAGACAAAUUUAAAAGACAUUUAUGAAUGCAGCACAAGGGCCAGGACAUCUCCUGUGGUUCUCCAGAUCUCUAGACCUCAGUGUGACUUGACACUUCACACUUGUGACUUGAUACUUGACAUGGUUUGAAUGUGUCCCCACAGCUUAGUGUGUUAGGAGCGUGGUCCCCAGUAUGAUGGUGUGGGAGCUGAUGGAACCUUCAAGAGCCAGGUCCUGGCAGGAGGUCCUUAGGUCACUGGGGUGUGCCCUCAAAAGGGGUUGCAGGACCCCACUCCCUCCCUGGCUUCCUGUCUUUGUUCCCCGCGUGGCUUCCCAUCCCUGCCAUUUGACUGAGGCAGUGUAGCAUGAGGAGGUCCUCGUAAGAGCCUGGGCAUGUGCUUGGACUUUUAGA